UAUUGUUGAUAGGCAAACAGUUUGAAGAAUACAUGGGAGGGAACUUGCAUAGUUGAACCCAUCCUCCCAGGAGGUCUCAUAUAUAAUUGAGCCCAGAAAGCUGACAGACAUAGUGGGCUGUUUGGCAGGGAUUAAAAAGGAGGUGGAGCAUUUGGAGGACAGUGGACUGCAUAUUUUCAUACUACAGUUGUGGGAUUCUUAAAAAAAUUCUCACCAGGAGGCUUUUCUCUUUUUUUGUUGUAAAUCUUUCCAGACCAGCACACUUUCAAAAGCUAGUCUGAACACCACUGUUGCAUAUUUUCCUUACACUCCCAGAGAACACUAUGGGUCUCCAGUCAGACUCUACCCUCCAAUCUAUUCUCCUCUUUCCAAUCCACCUUUUGGUAUGGCUGUACUCCGUCCUUUCCUUCCUUCCCUGGUACUACUUCACUGGUGCUGGGGAAAGAAGAACUCAAUCCAAGCGGACAAAGGCCCGUUCCACUUCAGGCCGUCCUGAGGGACCAUACCGCUCUGUGGACCACUUUGACUCCUUGGCCAGGGAGGACUACCCGGGCAAAGACACACUGGAUAAGCUGUUCGAGCAUGCUGUGCAGCGCUUUGGACAAGACCAUUGUCUCGGCACAAGAGAUGUACUAAGUGAAGAAAAUGAGAUUCAACCCAGCGGUAAAGUGUUUAAAAAGCUCAUCCUGGGGGACUAUAGAUGGCUCUCCUACAAUGAGGUGGACUCUGCAGUCACUGAGUUUGGCAGUGGACUGGCAGCUCUCGGGCACCAGCCUAAAAGCAGUAUCGCAAUUUUUUGUGAAACCAGAGCAGAGUGGAUGAUAACUGCCCAGGCUUGCUUCAAGUACAACUUCCCAUUGGUGACAUUCUAUGCUACACUGGGAGAGGAUGCCAUUGCAUAUGGACUGAAUGAGACAGGAGUUACACAUCUAGUUACCAGUGUGGAGCUGCUUGAGACUAAAUUAAAAUCUGUGCUUCCACAGAUCCCUAAACUGAAGCAUGUGAUCUACGUGGACCAGAAGAAAAUGAGCACAGAAGGCUACCCAGCAGGACUGUCCACCCACAGCAUGCAGGCCGUACGGGAGCUGGGCGCGCUGCCUGAGAAUAUGGGGAGGGAAAUCGUAAAGCCCCAGCCUUCUGAUCUGGCUGUGGUGAUGUACACCAGUGGCUCCACAGGCAGACCCAAAGGAGUCAUGAUUGUCCACAGUAACCUAAUUGCAGGGAUGACAGGCCAGUGUGAACGCAUUCCUGGGCUCGGACCUGAUGAUACUUACAUAGCCUACCUGCCCCUGGCUCAUGUUCUGGAAAUGACUGCUGAAAUCUCCUGUGUCACAUACGGCUGUCGGAUCGGCUACUCAUCCCCCCAGACACUGUCAGACCAGUCCACAAAGAUAAAGAAAGGAAGUAAAGGAGACUGCUCUGUUCUCAGACCCACCCUGAUGGCAGCUGUACCGGAAAUCAUGGACCGCAUCAACAAGAAUGUGAUGAGCAAAGUGCAGGAAAUGAGUUUCAUUCAGAAGACGCUGUUUACACUGGGCUACAAAUAUAAACUAGACCAGAUCAAGAGGGGCUAUGACGCACCACUGUGCAAUGCCCUUUUGUUCCGGAAAGUGAAGAAGCUUUUGGGAGGGCGGUUGAGGAUGAUGUUGUCCGGAGGAGCCCCCCUGUCCCCGGCCACUCAGAGAUUCAUGAACGUGUGUUUCUGUUGUCCAGUGGGUCAGGGCUACGGCCUCACUGAAACCUGUGGAGCCGGCACCAUCACAGAAGUGGCAGACAUCAGCACCGGUCGUGUCGGAGCUCCUCUUAUUUGCUGCGAGAUUAGACUCAGAGACUGGGCUGAAGGCGGCUACACCAGCAAAGAUGAGCCAAACCCUAGAGGCGAGAUCCUGAUUGGCGGCCCCAAUGUAACCAUGGGUUACUACAGGCACGAAAGCAACGAUCAGGACUUCUUUGUGGAUGAAAACGGUCAGAGGUGGUUCUGCACAGGAGAUGUGGGCGAGGUUUACCCUGAUGGCUGUUUACAGAUAGUGGAUCGCAAGAAAGACCUGGUCAAACUGCAGGCGGGGGAGUACGUGUCUCUCGGUAAAGUCGAGUGCGCUCUGAAAAGCUGCUCUAUCAUCGACAACAUCUGUGUUUACGCAAACAGUGACCAGAACUACGUGAUCAGCUUUGUGGUUCCCAACCAGAAGAGGAUGACAGAACUGGCCAAGCAGAGAGGCAUAGUGGGAGCCUGGGAGGAGAUCUGCACUCACCCCGACAUGGAGAGGGAGGUCCUGAAGGAGAUCAAGGAGGUUGCUGCUAACAUUAAACUCCAGCGAUUUGAGAUUCCAGUGAAGGUACACCUGAGCCCAGAGCCGUGGACGCCCGAGACAGGUCUGGUCACAGACGCCUUCAAGCUGAAGAGGAAAGAGCUGAGGAACCACUAUCUCCACCACAUAGAGAGAAUGUAUGGGGGCAAAUAACUCCGCUCACAUUCACCCAAGAGUCUCCAACUUUCACCAUAACCACUGUAAAUAAGUCUUUGGGGUAGCCCCAAUGGAUUUUUAUGCUGUUUGUGUACCACAGGCGUCCAAAUGAAAUUGUCUUGAACAUAAAAGCUAAAGCUGUAGAUAGUUGUAGCUGUUUAUCCAUGUGUGCUUUCUAUUUGUGUGCUUUGAUUGUCAAAGAGUUGCACCUAAGCGGCAAUUCUUCCGUGAAAAUGGUCCGAGACCGUUACAGCACUCAACUGCCAUCCACUUAAACCUGCUGGAACUCAGUUUGUAGCUCAUAAGAAGUACCACUGUCCUCCAUGUGUUGGUUGCUGAAGCUUUGUUGUUGUGUUGAAAAUAUUAACAACUGUAAUCAUCACAGAGGCUUGUUUUGCUCUUUUUGUAAAGUUGGAGUACUGACGUUACUGUGCCUUCAGUCUGCAGUACUUGUGUAGUCAAGCAGAAGUAAGUGGCAUCUAGAUGAAAUAGUUUACGCUUUUGUUACAAAAAUGGCUUAAACUGCCAUGGUAUGUUUACUUGAGGAGAAAUAUCCCCACCCAGAGAUACAUUGACAUGGAUCAUAGAGAAUAAAAAAAGACUCUCGAUCAUGUCUGCUAUUUUUCCCCCUGACUGAUGUUUUAUUUAUGCUUUUGUUAUUGUGUCAACUUAUUCAAAAUAUGACCAAAAUGUGUGCACAUAAAUGACUCAGGAAGAAGCAAAAUGUUUUAAUAUAAGAAAUUGUCAAAUCUUGGGUUGCUUGUAUAGAAAGCCCUUUGUCAAAAUUCUUGUGGGCACCUUAUUUAUUUAAGAGCAAGCUUGCUUAAAAUUUUAACUGCUUCAAUGCUUAUUAGCAUUAGUCAGUCAGAAGUGGCUGUAAUACUGUGCGUAUUUUACCUCAGUUAACAGGUUAAUGUACAAUUUGGUAUCAUAAGGUUAUCACAAGUGGAGUCCGUUCAUAUUAAUAGGAGUGUUUUCUAUGUAUUUUUCCAAAUGUUGUCAUUUUGUUACAAUUGUUACAAUUUCAUUUCAUUAAGCAGACGAUUUUAUCCAAGGCGUACAUUUGAGAGUUAAUUUUGAAGGAUUUGCAUCAUUAAAACUUUAAGGACACGGACAUUGGCAGUCGCUUUACAGUUGGUUGUUUGGUGAUCCUAUUCGUAUUUAUUACUCCAUUAUGAUCACAUGCCUUGUUCAACAUUUAAAGAAUAAAUCUUUUUUUUCAUAAUAAUUGCUGUAUGAUAUUUUUAUUUUAUUGCAAUACAAUUAAAAGAAACAAUCUGCAUCUACAGUGGAAAGAAAAAGUGUGUAAACCCUUUGAAAUGACCAGGUUUUCUGUAUUUGUUGGUAAUAAAAUGUGAUCUGAUCUGCAUCUAAGUCCCAAGUAUAGACAAACUUAAUGUGCUUGACCUAAUACCACAUGAACAAUUAUAAUAUUU